UGGAAGUACCAAACUGUCCUCACCGAAUUCCCAACAACAAAGACUCUUUGUGUCUUUUACCGGGAUGCCAUUGAGUGCUUACAGUCACUCCUUAGUCACCCCUUGUUAGUCAACAGCUUCGACUUCAUUCCAUGGAAAGUCUAUGAGUCUGCUGAACGUGCGGUCCGUAUUUACUAUGGUUUCAUGACUGGUGACCGUGCUUGGGAACUUCAGGAACACCUCACUGAUGGUGCGACUCUGCUUGGCAUAGUCCUGUCCUCAGACAAGACUAAGGUCAGCAAUCUCUCUGGCAAUCGCUAUGCUCAUCCACUGCUUAUAUCAUACAACUGA